UCGGAGGCCGAGCUCGCGGAGUCGGACGUGGGCGCCCUCGAGGAGCUGAACUUCAAUGAGGACCAGGCGAAUUAUGUCUUCGCGAUCCUCGAGGGCCGCUUCGAGAGGAAGAAGAGGACCUGGAAGGAGAACAAGGCGUACAAAGCAGAGAUGCGGAAGGACCGCGGUAGCUUCGAGCAGGCGGUGGUCUUCCUGGAGCAAGAGAUCCCCGAGACCGAGGACAGAAAGGGUCUGGACGUCAGCAGCGGCUGGGUGUUCAUGGCUGGAACGAAGGCCGUGACUUGGGAGAUCGCCGACGACGUGAGUUCAGGAAUGCCGUCUACCCAGGUCGAGGCCUGGAACUUCUUAACUUUCAAGUCCGGUGACGCCAUUCUCGAUAUUGGUGCUACCCAAGACAUAAUAGGGCAGCCGGCCAUGGAGGCUCUUGACAAGACUCUUCGAGCUGUUGGGCUUCGCUCCAUUGAGAUCCCCACAGCUGGUUGUGCCCCGACAGGGAUAGGAGGACAAGCACGAGUCGUUAAAUCCGUCCUCGUGCCGAUUUCCCCUGGAGGGGCCCCGGGCGUCAUCAACUUCCUCGUCAUCCAGAGCAAUGUCCCGCCGCUCUUGUCCGUAGGACUUCUUGAGCACCUAGGAGCUUCCUUUGACUUAGUGACUAACCAGAUCUGCUUCGAGAAGAUCGGAGUCCAGCUUCGUAUGGGAGUACAGACAUCUGGGCACAGGACCAUCCCGUUGAUACAGUGGUCCGGUGGUCAUUUUCCAGUGCCAGAGGAGGUCCAGAUGGAAGUAGAGCGGAACAUGAAGGGUCAGUUCACGUUUGUUCUCCGGAUGUCGCGCAAGUUCACAACAGUUAUCCAUCCAGUCAAGUUUCCAUCUCAGCCGAUCCCGAGCCUCUUGAGGAAUCUUGUCUUGAUUGUGGACAGCAUCUUGGCUCAGGCGUUCACAAGCCGGAUCUUCUUCCUCAUGGAGACCACAAGGAUGAUGUUCUGCCGAUUGGUUUUGGCCGAACGGGGACAGAAGAGCAUCAAGAGCGAUCGCCGCUCCUACAUCGAGAGCUCGAGGCAGGUUCCCGGGGCGUGCUUGCAUCAAACUGCGAUCAACCGCGCGAACCAGUACGCCUCUUGGACAGUGUGCAAGGCCUGCGGAGCCCGUCUCUCCUACUCCUCGAAGAAGGGUGCAACCUCCAAGGCAAAGGCCAAGGCUCGCGGCCGGGCAGCGGUCAGCGAGGGCUACCCGAUCGAGGAGCCACCGACUUCCUCGACUACCCGGAGGACGAGCACGGCAAGAAGCUCACACGAGAACACGGAGAUGAACCCCGCUCUCCUCGACCUCUCCACGGCGAUUCAGGCGAUGUCCGUCGGCUUCCAGCAGAUGAGUUCGGCGAUGAGGGAUCUCGCCCAAGGCCAGGGACAGAUGUUGCAGAUGAUGACCCACGCGCGUUCGAUUCCCGCGAGCGAGAUGGACCUCCGCGACCUGACGGCCGCGGCUCACACCAUGGUGAGGGAGCGAAUGGACGUGGACGAGGAGCUCAUCCAGGACGACAGCCCGGGCGGAUGGUCUGCAGCAAGUCUCCUCAACCCCAACAUCGACCUCUUGGCGGACCACCAGGACUGA